AAUAUACGCUAGCGUGCGGACGUACAUCGACGGCGUAUCCCACUCUAUCCUCCAGCCAAACAUUGUUUUUUUCUCCUCCCCCAGUGUAUCGUGGACAAAGUUGACCUCCGAGUGUAUUAAACCCCCUGAAAAUAAAUGAACAAACACCAUUGUUUACUCGUAAAAUGUUAAAACAGCUCUAAAUUGGUUCAAUUAUGCGUACUGACGCGACGCCCGUGUGCCACAGUAGUCGUGUUACUCGUCCCGGUGUCCGGGAGUGCAAAACGACUAUCGUGAUUUCAAUUAGUGCCCCAGGAAGUCGAUGAGGGAGUCGACGUGCUGGCGAGAAGCAACGGAGCAUCAUUUGGAAAAAUCCCGAUUGAGAAGCUAUGUCUGAGGAUCGCACAGCACCCCAAGGGGUCAUCACCCAAGCUUCGGUUGGACACGCUUCGCCACCACCACCGGCUCCAUCAUCCGGCACUCAGAGCUCGCCACCACGUGGUCCACGUACCCUAUUGCUAAGACGCAGCGAGAAUGGCUUUGGCUUCACUCUACGUCACUUCAUCGUAUAUCCGCCCGAGUCCUGUUGCAUGCUGCCGGGACACGAGCGGACGAAGAUCGACGAGCCGAUGGACACGAUCUUCGUGAAACAAGUGCGUAGUAAUUCACCAGCUGCCGAAGCGGGCUUACGUACGGGCGAUAGAGUCGUGUCUGUGGACGGUGUACCUACUAGGGGUGAACAGUACGCCAGUGUCGUUCAGAGGAUACAACAAGCGGGACCUUGGCUGAGAUUACUCGUUGUUGCUAAGGAGGACGAUAUUUUGCAAAGGUACUUCGGUGAAACCGCCCACAACCCGGAGACAAAUCAGCGUCCAGCGCGUCUCCGUUCCCCGGAGCGAGUCUCCCAAAAGCAACGAAGAUCGAUGAGCAUGAUUCCGGGUCCCUCGCCGCGCUCCCGCCAGUCCUGGGUGUGCUCGCCCCCAGGUUCAGAGAACCAAGGAACAGGUGCUUACCGUCCCCAGGAAGCCUUCAAAGACCAGACAGCUGUCAAGAUGGCAUCCGCCCCGAACGUGCAGCGUCGCCCCCUGACAGAGGCGCGAAACCAGGACUUCCGCCCCGACGACAGAUCCCAACGCCGGUCCCUCCAGCAGGACGACGCCUAUCGAUCCCCCGAGGGUCGUUACGACCUGUACGAUCGAACCCGCCCCGAGUCAAUCUACUCUCGUCCCAGCAGCGAGCAGAUCUACGACAGAAUCAAGGACCCCAUCUACGAGAGGGUGCGUCCAGACUUGACUGGCACCUUCAGCAAGUCCCUGGACCACCAGUACCCAGUCUCCAGAGCGGAGCCACAAGUCCCUAUUUACCGACCUGGCAGGAGAGUCGUAACGAGGAGAGCAAGCGAGGGAAGUGGGCCCCCGAAUGAUCACGAGAUUUCCAAUGAAUCCUCUCGACUGUCCAUCGACUCCAGGAGGGACUCGUCACCUGCCAGCAAGGACAGCAGCCUCUCCUCGUACGAUUCGAACUCAACAUUGACUGGUAAUGAGUGCUCGGACGAUUCUGUCAUCAUGACGAGACUGAGGAAGAGCUUCGAGCAGAAGGAGGAGUUCCUGAGGAGGCCCAGUCAUCCCAUUGGCUGGCUGCUGCCUGACGAAGCCUCGAGGUUGAAUCAGAAUCAGAAUCAGAAUCAGGGGGUCAUCCAGAGGGAGUUCUAUGCGAGACCGCAGAAGCUCCAGAGGCAGGUGUGGCCUCCCAGUGAGCAGGGCGAUCAGAAUGCCAACAAGGGGGCUGUGAAAAAUGGAAAACCUGGGAAUCAGAAUGUCCAAAGGGUCAGGGGGGACAUUGACGAGGAGAACGAGAGGGAGAGGGAGAAUAAUCAGGUGACUGAGGAUGCUCAAGCCAUCAGGGACAGGUUCUACUCGUCUCUCUGCGAUGCCAAUGGACAAUUCGUUAAGGAGAAUCAUUUCUCUUUUGGCAAGGGGACUGAUAAGAAUGCCAAGAGCUUUGUGACGACUCUCUCGAGGAUACAUGAGAAUGUCUCGGGGCAACAGGUGGGAGUGGACGUGAGGAAUGGCACGUCGUCGUUGCCCUCUUCUCCUGGGCCUGAUAAGAAGCAGGAGAAGUUUCCGGUUCCUCAGGGGCUGCAGAUUGUCUCCAGGAGGGCGAAACAGUUCGAGUCGGGGAGGCUGCUCAGUGAUGAUGAUGAACCUACUAGUGAUCGCACUAAUCUUUAUAAAAGUGAAUUGUCGAGGCUGUCUAACAAGAGGAGUGUGCCCAAUGUCGCGGUUAGGAAGAGGGAGUUUGAGUCCAAGGCUGAGAGUGUUGAGACUAGGAGGGGGAGUACCAAUCGGGAGAGCAAGUCACUGGAUUCAGGCAGAGGAUUAUCGGGGAAUCGAAUAAUUCCCGUAGGCAGCAAAUACAUCCAUUGCGAGCCUCCAACCUCCUAUUCACAAUUUCCAGAUGAACAAGCUGUGGAGAUGGAACCGGUUAGACUGCGGGCGAGAAGCAAUAGUGCUGAAUCCUGGGAGGCUGUGAACGGUGGAACGACCCGACGAGGCGUCAGGCAUACCUGGCAGAAUGAGCCAGAGGAACUGGAGACUGAGGGACGAAACAGCAAAGCAAAGCGACAGGACAGCUAUCUUCAGGCUGUUAGAAGUCAGCUCGAGAGAGAGCCACAGCACAAGGGGCGAGAGGAUGAGAGGCAGAUAAGUGACAUGCCAAGUGCUCCACUAUUUCCAACCACGAUACUGGAUACUGUGACGAGUGACGGUCAAGUGACUCUACCAAGUGUUACUAUAAGUCCACCCCAGCCAGUACGACCCAAUCAGCUUUCCAUUCCAAAUCCACUGCGCCCUUUAGAGUCGUCGGGAGAUACCAACAACAGCGUGGAAACAAAUGGGCUUCUAGCUCCAGGCUCUAAUGCAGCGAAUGGGGUGGUGCUGAGGCGACAGAAAAACACUCAAAUCAGCGAUGAGGAUCGUGCGACGAGACGAGUGUCUUAUCUGAAAGCCACCUGGGGCGAGCGGAUGCACGUGGACAGUGACCUAGAACUCAGCGAUUCUGAACCAGUCGCUCAAGCCAUCAGAAGUGCGCACAAACGAUGGAGACCGCCACUAUUUCCCAGUGACAUAACGCCACUGCUUCGUAUCUUCGAGGACGUAACUUCGGCUUCGUUGCACCGUCAUAAUCAUCGCAACAGCAUUCAGAAUUCAAACGGUGGGAACACCACACCGAAGGACGUGGAGCCAGUUGAGCGUGAGGGGUCCCUUCACGUUAAAUUCACAGUUCUGGAUGGCAAGAGAUCGACCGACAGAUCCUGGAAGCAAGUGUGGGGUGUCCUGCGGGGUCCAGUUUUGCACUUCUACAAGGACCGUCACAGCCAGAGUCCAUCAGCGACGAGUGACGGUGAUGCUGGACAGAAUGUUGACGUCAGAUGUUCAUUGGUCGAUGUAGCUGACGAUUACACGAAACGGAAACAUGUAUUGCGCGUUGCUAAUCCCACGGCGGAAGUUCUACUGCAGACUGAGGAUGCCGCGUCCAUGGCACUGUGGUUGCGGGCUCUGCACAAACACGCCGCAGCUGAAAAACCCUCGGAUGCAAGUACAAGUACAUCCAAGCAACAAGCAGUGCCUCAGACCCCAGGCCCAACGACCCCAAGUGCUGGACAGGGCACCCAAAGACUAAGUCCCCUCCCAAGUCACAAAGGAAUAAGAAAGCUCACAUCCUUCCGAAAUCGAUCGCCAACUGGUCAGUCACCAGUGAAUAAAACGAGAAAACCGAGUCAAACAGUGGAUCCUCUGCCCUCACCGAAAUCGAAAACAUGGAAGGGUAGAGUUGCCAAGCAGCUAAGACGAAUGCAUGGCCAGGCUGGCUCGCCAUCAUCACCCACAGCCCAACUGCCACCCGAGGGGGCCACUUUCAAAGUACCAUUGGAACUUUGCCCAGUCUCUUCGUUCUCCGAGUUUGUUCCACUGAUUGUCGAGAUGUGCACGAGCAUUGUUGAGGCGAGGGGAUUGGAGGUCACUGGUAUCUACAGAGUGCCAGGAAAUACUGCUGCCAUUUCACAACUCACGGAGAGUGUUAACAAGGGUUUUGAGAGCAUAAAUUUGCAGGAUCCUAGAUGGAGUGAUGUAAAUGUAAUUUCUUCCCUCCUGAAAUCAUUCUUCCGUCAACUACCGGAUUCGCUUCUCACUGCUGACCUAUAUCCCAUGUUCAUCGACGCCGACAAAAUAGAGGAUCCACAGAGGCGAAUGGCAACGAUACGAAAACUCCUCAGGGAUUUACCGGAGCAUCACUUUGAAACACUCAAGUAUCUCAUGUUCCACUUGAAACGAGUUGUUGAGCACAGCGAGAUCAACAAGAUGGAGGCGAAAAAUUUGGCUAUUGUUUUUGGGCCAACUCUUGUCAGGGCCAGUGGCUCCAGGGAUAAUAUGGUUACUAUGGUUACUGAUAUGUCGCAUCAGUGUAGGAUUGUUGAGAGCUUAUUAAACAAUGUCGAUUGGUUCUUCUGCGAAGAAGACUUAGACGACUUGAGCAGAUUAAGCGUUAACCUGAGUCUCCCAGCGGACGGUAGUGAAGUAGAAACAUCCAACAAUCACAGUUUACUGUUGAACAAUAUUCAAAAAGUUGAAGGCAUGCGUGAAAUGGUCUCGGCUAAGGAUAUUGUAUCUUCAAUAAUAUCCGCAGCUAACAGGAAAAUUCAGAGGCGAAGGAAGGGACACGAAGAGCAGGAGAGUGAAGAACAUGAGGAGGAGAAGACAAAGACGAAGGCUGAGCCGGAGCCCCUGGUGCGUCAGAGUAUGGCCCUGAACGAGCGUCAGUGCAGUGUAAGUGAAAUAGUGAUGAUGCACGAGACAAAGAGUCAGUCCAACCACACCCCAGAGCGACAGGAGCGAAAUAAUCUCUCGAACAGUGCGAACUCGAGUCCCCUGAAUGGAACGAUAUCCAACCGUUCCCAGCAGCAAUUUUCGACAACAUCAUCUAGCCUGGACUCGCCCAGGCUCCCCGAGAUGACCUCAGGCAGCCUGGACACUGUAUCAACGAUAUCAACAGCCUCGAACGACACGAAACAGAGUGGAAACGACGAGGUAAUCAGGACUUAUGCAGGACUCAGUGCAACAACUCAGGAGAGAAUAAGGAGAUUCGAGCAGGAGACUAAGGCAAUGCUCCAACGGGAUCAGUACAGACAUCGAAAGGAGGCUGAGAAGAGGGAGGGGGACAGGAGGAGAAUUGAGAUGGAGUGGCAAUUGGCUAAACGAGAGAUGGAGAAUGAUGAUAUACUUGAUGGAAUGGUCGAGUCAACGGUAUCUUCACCUUAUCUCACUGAUCGACUUGCUAAUUUGAGUGACAGACUGGCAGAGAGGAGUGGUGAUAACAGUGACAGGUCCAGGUCAAAAUCUAGUACUAGAUUAACACCCAUGUCCAUUGCUGUACAGCAACAGCCCUGCGCCAAUCAGAAGGCUCAGGCUAGCAGCCAAUUGAGCAGUAUUAUUGGGGAGAAGAUUAAUAAUGGAGUUAUUAAAAAAUUUAAAACUGAUAAAGAGCCAUCGAUGGAAUCCCUGGUGCCAACGAGAUAUGGCAGUUUAGACUCACUCCACGAGGUUCACAUGUCCCACACAUCACCAUCACCAUCGCACCACACUCGGGGUAUACCCGGCGACAUAUCCGAUGACGGGAGCGAUUUACUGACCAGCCUCACGUCGACGUUCGAUCGGAAAUGGAAGUCGCUUGUUAAUCCCUCGAAUCUCCUGGUGGCAUCGAGUGAGUGCACAAGUGGGGAAGCAAACCCGGUGGAGAAGAGUCACAGGGAGGAGGUGGAACGACAGGAUUCGAGGACAACUGAGGUCUACAGGGAUCCGAGUCUUCAUAGGAGUGUGGGGGAGAAGGGACAUGUCAUUCGUGCGAGAAGUGAUCCACAAGAGAAACUCCAGAGUUCCCCCCUCCUGAAGCCCCCCGAGAAAUCGAAACGUGACGCCCCAACCCCGAACAACGAUCUCAAUCUUCGUCGUCCGGCGGACACGAGCACAGCAGGAACGGAUUCCUCGGACGGUGGAUCCCUGCUGGACGCAACCGAGAAGGACGAGCACCCAAAAACGGAAACACCGAAGACCAAACACUUGGAGGCAAAGGAGGAUCAGACGACAGCACCCCCCGCCGAGUCUAAGCAGCCCCAGGACGCCGAGAGAAAGUCCCUGGACCCCUCGUACUCCAACAAGCUGCAGAAGUUCGAGAGCCUGAGCCAGGCGAGCAGCGAGUCGAGAUCGCGCCUCAAGAGAUCAGAAUCACUCAACAAGAGGACUGAAACAGCCUCGUCGAAGCUAAAACGCUCGGAGAGCCUGAACAAGCACUCUGACAGGCUAGCCUCCCCCACGAAUGGUAAACUCAAGCGUUCAGAGAGUCUUAAUAAGCACGCAGAGCGCUCAGAGUCCCCAAACACGAAGUUGAAGCGUUCAGAAUCGUUAACGAAAACGGAAAAAACCGAGUGCAACAUCAGCAAGAGGAGGCAAUCAGUGAGAAAGGAGAGUGCAACGAAGUUGAAGCGAAAGAAUGGAAUGCCAGAGAGGUCCAUCAAGCGACGACACACAGUGGGUGGCACCAAGGACUUUGACAAGGUCCAUUGGCUCGACAAUAAACUCCAGUCGGAGAAUGAAAAGGUCAUCAAGAAUGACGCGAAACCGAAGAAGAGUCAGCUGAGGACUAGUUCACCUGAUUUGAGCAGCAACAGGGUCAAUGUCGCUGACACCAGUUUUCUCAUUGAAGUUUCAUUUCGUGGACCCAGUAAUGUGGUGUUUAAUGUCACCAAUACACGACCACAAUCUCUGCCAGAUGCCAAUCUAGCGUCGAAAGUGUUUAAAGUACCUCUUGAGAGUCAUGUUUAAUUGAUUCGUCGAGAGGAUCAGUCUUUAGUGCAUAAUUCCAUUAAUUCUGGAGAAUUCAUUCAAUCAUAUCUGAAUCAAUAUCAAUCAUGAAGGUCACAUUGAAGAUGAAGGAGAGAUGAAGAGUUCUAUUUAUUAAAUCGAUGACUAUUAGUGGAGGAGAUAUAGGGCUGACAAAGCUCACUCGUGAAAGUUAUAAAUCACUACCAAAUCUUUUUGGUAAAAUGUUUUUAACGUGUCAAUUAUAUACACAUCAUUUACUUGUGAAUUGUGAUUGUGCAAUUUAUCAUAAACCUGAUUUCAAUUUUUAUCAUUUCUCCAUGUAAAUAUAAAGAGUACAUUUUUUAAAUAAUUCAGUGGAUGAUUUAUCGAUUAAAAUGUUUUUUAAUGAUUUUACAAAUGUAGGGAAUUUAAUUGAAUUAGUCUCUGGUGGUUUUUGGAGGGAAUAAUUUGUGGAUUCCCAUUUGCCUUUUAAUGUUCAAAUGAAAAAGCUUGAGAUAAGUAGAAGAGUGCGGAGCAUUGUUGGAGAAUCCAUGGAGAAUUGUAAAUAUUCAUGUAAUAUUAUCGGAUUAUUGAAUGGAAAGAUGUUUGAGGGAAGAGGCUCGAAGUAAUUUUCAUGUUUCAAUAUUUCCAUUAUUUUCACCGGUGAAAAUAUGAGAGAAACGAUGUGAUAAAUUCAUAACGUAUGACAGGAGAGUUAUAAGUAGGUGAGAAAAUUAAUUGAAACGAGUUUCUGGUUAUCGUCUGCUGCUUUUGAAAUCAUUAAUAGUGCGAUUGCAUUGAGAAGUCGUUGAUUAUUGAUAUAAAAGUGAAGGAGCAAUCGUAGUUAAGAGAGUUAAAAUAUAUAUUUUUAAGGGAUAAUUGUAACGAUCAAUCAUCGAAAAAUUGCGACCAAUGUAUGAUAAUUCCUCGACUCAUUAAUGUAGUUAGCUUGAGAACAUCUCGAUGAUUAAUGAAAUGUAAGGUAAUGAACCCUGAGAUAUCCUUUUGUCUUGCCAAAUUUUAUGAGAGUAAAAGUGAAAAUCUAAAGUUUUUACUGUAACUAUCUCGGUGUACGGAGAAAUAAUGUAUUCAUUUUCUUCAUUUUUUAAAUAAAUUCAGUAAUUGUACAUAAUGAAUUUGAGAGCCUUGAACAAUUUGACGAUUGUAAUGGGGCUAUUUAUUUGAUUACUAAUUAUUAUACAUGAAAUAGGGAUUGUGAUUGUAUUAUUUAUUCAUUGCAGCUUAUGCCUGUUAUCUUCAAUUUAUCAUGUACACGUUGGACGGAAAAUAUUACGUUUGUAAAUAAAUAUCUUACUAUGAACAGAUUAA